AUGACUGUACUGAACCUGGUGUUCGUCUGCAUAAUGUGCGACAUCACAUCGAAAGAGGCUCUAGCCACGAGCCUCUUCCGCAUCUCCGCUGUAGGCCAGUUCUGCAAAGUCCUCGGCCCUUUGAUCUCCGGUUCCCUGAUGCAAUUCAACGCUUGGUGGGCGUUCAUCACGGGACUUGGCGGACUCGUGCUUCUGAUCGCGGCCUCCUGGUCUGUACCAGAAACCCUGUCUAAACCCACGUUGGAUGACAGGCCAAUAUCCGACCUUGACGCCAACCCGACCUCAAGCAAACGCUCUAUCCUGCAGCACAUAAAAGACGGGUUCGCCUCACUGAGCAUAGUCUGGUCCUCGCGCCAGCUAAUCAUUCUGGUCCUUAUCACGCCCUUGACUGCUUUCGGUGCCGUCCUCGGCGACGUCCUCCAACAAUAUAUCUCCCUACGCUACAACUGGACGCUCGCCAACGCCGCCUUCCUAUUCUCAUUGCAAGGUAUCGCCGCGACCAUCUCGCUCUUCCUGCUCCUCCCGCUCUUCACCAAAUACCUUACCAAGCGCCUCUCUACCCCAUCGAACACCACCACCGAUACCACUAUCGCCACUCAACCACUGCCCUCCGACUAUACCACAACACAACCGAACCCCACGCCACCAACGCCACCCACCCCGCCCUCUCCAACCCACCUCAAUGCCAGAAUCUCCGGCCUCUCCCUUCUCGUCCUCAGCCUGUCCUACACGGCCCAAGCCUCUCACCCACCCCAGUCUUACUCCUACUCGCCCUCGCCUUUGAGACACUGGGAAUGGGUUGCGCCGCCAGCCUACAAGCGCUCGCCGCUUCCCUCGUCAACCCGAAGGACAACGGUCGCGUAUUCAGCGUCCUCACUGUCGCGGGAGUGCUGA